UUUCAAAGAAUAAUUUUUUUCUCCACAAAACGGAAGGGAAGCUCGUUUUGAUUUGCGUUUUUCUGACGUACUUCUAAAUUUCCGCUGACAAAGUCAUUUUAUUGCUGAAAAAGGUAGGUUUGACAAUAAACUGCUUCUGUUUUCAGGGUUGAGGCCUUUCUGCUGGUAUAAUAAAAUUAUUCCAUGUUUGAGAUUUCGCUACUCAUUUCUUUGGUGCGCAAGAGAAUCAGCCAUGGAAGACCAGGAAAUCCAUGUUCAGAAGGCGCCCAGGGACAGCUCCGAGGACAACCCGCAAAUUAAGGUUGAUGGAAAGGAGAGUAAUAUAAAUCCAGAGAUUGUCUUUGCUGUGACAAUGUUUAAGUGUUUAACGGAAUCAUCGUCUUCGUUUGACCAAAACGUGGUUCUGUGUCCAUAUUCCCUGGAGAUUGCACUAACCUCCCUUCUUCCCGGAACUAGUGACAAGCUAAGAGGUGAUCUAAUGCGGCUACUUUGUGCUAAUGGCAGAGAUUUCGAGCAGUUGAUUAAGGAAGUAGGGGAAGCCCAAGCGGAUGAAACGCUGGUAAUAUCCACAACAGGCUUUUACGACGAACGUUAUCCGCUACGUCAGUCAUUCAUCGCAGCGCUCAGUGCCGCCCUUGAAUUCAAAUGGAUACAAGCGCCCUUUGCGAGUUCACCUGCGGCAGCUUUGAAUGUAGUGAACACAUACGUAUCGCAAAAGACAAAUGGAGAGAUUUCUCACGUUCUAAACGAACUGGCGCCCACAACCACAUUGAUUAUACUGAACAUCGUUAACUUCACGGGGCCUUGGGAGAAGCAGUUCGAUACAAAAUACACCGAGCGCGGGAUAUUCCGUGGCGUCAAUGGAGUUGAACAAGCGGUACAGUUCAUGAAAAACGAACAUGCCUACAUUCGGGCUUACAAUGUCGGCUCAUAUAAAUGGGAGAGCAGUAGCGACGAUCCCAAAAUAGUUAUUUUGGAUAUCCUGGGAAGGAAAUACAGUGUAAUGCUGUUACUCCCUGCCGACGCAUCAAGUGGAACUGCACUGCUGGAAAAACAGUUAACUCCGGAAAAACUACUGAUCUGGCGACGAAAAGCCAAAGUGUCAUACUUGUGUAUGGUCGUACCAAAAUUCCGCAUUUCCUUCGACGAGGAUUUAAUCGACUGCACGAAGCUAAUGGGACUAAAAGAAUUAUACACGCCUUCCAGAACAGCGUUUUCGAAUAUGUUCGACAGCGGAGAUCCAAUUUGUGUUUCUAAACUUAAACAGCAAACAAUAUUAGAACUAGACGAAUUCGGUGUCAAAGCUUCCGCAGUGACCGGCUUGAAUACAGAAUAUUCGAGCGCCAACGAACCAGAUUUUGUGGCCAACAGACCAUUCUUAUUGAUAAUUUGGGAUGAAAUGACCAACAUCCCCAAGUUUAUAGCGCGUAUCACAAAUCCCAACGCUUAAUAGAUGACAGUUCAUUCGAAGUUGUCGGGCAACCAUUUUGGAACAACGUGUUUCCGCCGCUUUUCGAAGUGACCUGCAUUUUGCAAUUGUUUCUUUAGCGGGGCCGCUUUACAAUAAAAUAUGGACUGGACCAUAUGCGGAACGUUUCCUACAGCAGAUUGCGUGAACAGAAAAUGUGCCCAUGACUCAAAUGUGAUACGGUUAAAUGGCCGUAGUGCGAGCAAUAUUUUAACGUGGGCGAAAGUAGUUUAUGCCUGUUUUCUACUUUAUGGUGAUUCCUUCGUUGGUGUUUACCGUACGUACAGACAACAGCAGCAGUACAUGUGAAUUAUACUCAUACAAUGCAGAAUUUAAUGUCCUUUACGUUGAAAAUGACAUACUGCUAACGCAGACCGGAUUGUCUAUACAAAAUUCGACUCUUAUAAGUGUGGACUGUGGAGAGUGGUCGCGGGAAGCAUUUGAAAAGGACCAAGAAAUAUGGUCGUUUCUUGGCUUGGCUUUGUUUGAACUGAGCAGCUGUGCACUCAUUGUCAGAUCCAUUUUCGCCUCUUCGGGGUCGCGUGCCAGUUGCCAUGCUCUACUAUAUCUGUAUUAUUUACUGGAUUGAAGGUUCUGAUCCAUAAUGCAUUGUUCUCCAACCGGACUUUUCUGAAAUUGUGGACUGUGUCACUUUGGAGUGGGGGCAUGUCCUGCCCAGCUUGUUUGAUCACGAACUCGCAGUUUUACUACCCGUUCACAUUUUGGCCGAUAGUUUAGUUUCUUCAGGAUCUCCUGAUGUUUCAGCUUCUUGAAGAAUGCCGAAGCGACGCCGAUCACUCAGUCCAGAGCUUGAUGUUUAUAUUUCUCGGACCGCUCUUACUGAGGAAUUUCUGUGCGGAAUGCGUGAGCUGCAGGAGACGGGGACCUUCUGUGACGUUGUCUUGAAGGGCACUGGAGAAUCUUCCGUCGGCAUUCCCUGUCAUCGCAAUGUGCUCACCGUGCACAGCGCCUACUUUCGGGCGGCCUUCACGCAGGACUGGAAGGAAUCCACCCAGCAAGUCUAUCAGCUGCACAACAUCGACAGCCAAACAUUGAAGGAGUUGGUGGGGUUUGCCUACACGCUGGACAUCAGCCUCAACGGUGACAAUGUGGAGCGUAUCUUGAUUGCGGCGCAGUUCUUGCAAAUAACGCCCGUGGCCCGCAUGUGUUGGGACUACGUGGAGAAGCACCUGCAUCUCUCCAACUGCCUGACGGUCCACGCUCUGGCCACUAACUACCACAACCCUAAUGUGGUCGAGACAGCCCUGAGCUUCAUCCGUCGGCACUUCCUGGAAUUUGUGGAAGGUGAAGACUUUCUGCAAAUGGACGCGCAACAGCUGGUUAACGUGGUGACAUCUGAUGAACUGGACGUGCCAAGCGAGGAUCAAAUGUUCCAGGCGGUGAUGCGCUGGCUGGAAUUCGACCGGCCCGGCAGACUGCCGCAUUUGCACAUGCUACUGGGGGCUGUCCGUGUGUCCUUUCUGAGUGUCCAGUGCCAGCAAGACUACGCUUUGGCCCUGACCAGCGCGUCGAUGGCGUUGCCGCAGGGCCCGCCUGAAUCGGUCGGGGAAUUAACUGGCGGAGAGACGGAAAACAUCAUCCCACGACAGUCCUACAGUGCGGAGGAGGUGAUCCUCUGUGUGGGUGGACGUGGUCAGGAUAACCAGCCCUGCGUGGCCGCUACUGUGGACGUCUUCAGCCCGUCGAUACCGGCAGUGUGGCGGCUGAAUAAACUGCGCAAUGGGGUCUGUGGCGCCGUCGUUAUGCGUGACUCCAGUUCACUGGUAAUCUUCGUAGCUAGCGGCGUCAGGACAGUACAGCGCAACAGCCGCUACACGGACCUCUGUAACGAGUGGCGCCGGCUGGCCCCCUUGGGGAUAGCACGCUAUUCGGAAGGUUAUGCCACACUGAAUGAUCGCAUUUACGUGGCGGGCGGUUAUGGUGUUCGCGGCGCGGCGGCGCAUCCACUGACAUCCGUGGAAGUAUACGACCCGAAUGACGAUUCAUGGAGCGCGGUUGCCUCGCUGCCUGUUCGCCGUGCCUCCUUGGCGUUGGUAGCGUGUGACGGCCGACUGUAUGCCUUCGGAGGAGAAAACGGCGCGCGCCGGUGCCGUGCGGCUUUCUGUUAUGAUCCAUCGACAAACUCCUGGAGCAGACUGGCUAAUAUGCCGACCGCCCGCAGUUACUGCGUUGCUUGUCUGGCUCCCAGUGGAUUAAUUUACGUAGUCGGUGGAAUUGGACAAGGUCGGGGUCGCUGUGUGGAGGCGUACGACCGCGCAACAAAUCGGUGGAUAAGGAAAGGGGAUCUGGUCCAUCCGCGCAGUAACCCCGGAUGUGCUUGCGUGAACGGCAAGCUGUACGUUCUGGGUGGGCACCAUCACGAAGAGCUGAACAGCCAUGACAGCAUCGAAGUGUACGACGAGGACGCGGACCGCUGGGCGUUGCAUGAAUGCCGCUUGCCGCAGGCCCGAUACGCCUUUGGCUGUGUGGUGAUGAAAGUGAAGCGCGAGUGAGACGCACACGACCUGCGGCUCGUCGGUUGAAGGCAUUGCGUACCUGCUGCUCUUUCGUAGGAUAUGCGAAUAUGUCCGCGCUGGGUCUACGCGGUCGUCUGGGAGGAGAACGCGUGCAGGUUUCCUGAUUUUUUAGCCUACAUUUUGUUAAUGUACUUUUUUGUCUUGGCAGACGUAAUUGUUAGGAUUGGCUAAUGUUUUUGAAAUGUACCAUAGUUCCUUUUUUCUUUCAUAAGAAUGCUAAAUUACCGAUCAAAAACAGUUUAUCACAAUAGCAAAGUUCAUUAAACACUGC